AUGUUUUUCCUUAGCAGAAACCCAAUCAAUACACUAAAUAUCAUAUCUGUAACCCGUGGAUUAUUUUUGGGCAGGCGGCAGUCUACUGCAACCAUUGCUGCACUUAGAAAAACCGCGAGGGCAUCUGCUUUUAUGGUUGAAAUGCUUAGCUACUACAUUGUGGCAUAUUUGAUGUGCCAGGAACCAUUAUUUUUUGACCUCCCAAUGGGUGAUAUGAGUCAACUUUUCAGAAGAAAGUUGAAUGAUAAAAGCCAGUUCCGCAGCUUCAUGAGCCGGAAUGUGAAGUAUGAAGGGUAG